AUGGGUGGCGCGAGCAGUCGCAACGGUCGGGGAGGGGGCGCGGAUGGGUCUGGUGGGGGGUACGAGGUGGUGGAACGCGAGGAGCCGUUGUUGCGCGAGGGGGGACCCGAGGAGCAGAACGAUGAGAGCAUGGCGGCCGGCCUGCUUUGGAGCGCAGGCGACAACCCCUCCUUACGGUUGGGGGGAGACUCCUCGUUAGGCCCCGCGUUCGGGCAGCACGGUAGGUCCGGCAGCGUACAGAACAACGGUGGCGAGGGACUCUCGGAUCGGAACAGUUACAGGGGUAGGGGUGGCGGCGGCGGCGGCGGCGGGGGGGGGUGCUGCACCGUAUCGGGGAGACCGCUGGUGUACCUCUGCGCGGCUUGCUCGUCGCUGUGCUCAAUUCUGCUGGGCUACGACGUCGGGGUCAUGUCGGGGGCUAAGGAGUUCAUCCGGCCCGACUUGGGCCUCUCGACCGUGCAGAACGAGGUAAUGGUAGGGUCGCUCAACAUCGUGGCGGCGUUCGGAGGUCUCGUCGCGGGGAAAGCGGCGGACCGUCUCGGGCGGAAGCCGACGACGGCUCUGGCGUGCGUCGUGUUCAUCACCGGAGCUACCAUGAUGACCUUGAGCCACACGUUCUGGUUCCUGCUUCUUGGCAGGGUGGUGACGGGAAUCGGGGUGGGAUGCGCCAUGGUGAUCGCUCCUGUGUACAUCACUGAGCUGGCCCCGCCUGACGUCCGCGGCAUGCUGGUGUCGCUGACUGAUAUCUGCAUCAACGUGGGGAUCGUGUUUGGCUACGCUGCGAGCCUGCUGUGCUCGGACGUGUUCAACUCCGACUCCGCCAAGUGGCGCUCCAUGAUCGGCAUCGGCAUGCUGCCGCCCCUCCUCAUCCUGGCGUGCCUCUCUCUCAUGCCCGAGUCGCCCCGAUGGCUCGUUGCCGCGGGAAGGAACGCGGACGCUCUGCACGUCCUCAAGAGGGUAAUGGACGACGAAGACGAUGCGGAGAGCACCCUGCAGACCAUCUCGGACGCCACUACCACCACCGAGGCUACGUGGAGGGACGUUCUGGCGCCUAGCGACCGGACGGUGAAGGCGGCCAUGGUCCUGGGGAUCGGCCUAGGAUUCUGGCAACAAGCCAGCGGGAGUGAGGCGGCGGUCUACUAUACGCCGGAAGUGCUCAAGGAUAAGGGAUGGGCCAACCGGGCGAUCUUAAGGGGAAACAUGGGCGUGGGCGGUUUCAAGCUGCUCGGAGAGGUCGUAGCCUUCAUGCUGCUCGACAGAAUCGGAAGACGUCCGCUCUUUCUCGUUAGCAGCGUGCUGGUGACGCUCUGCCUGCUGAUGGUCGGCUUCGCAUUCCUUCUCAACUGGACGAGCAUGCUUACCCUGUUCUGGCUGUGCAUGUUCAUGUUUACCUUUUCGCUUGGGCUGGGGCCCGUGACGUUCGUGGUGGCCUCCGAGAUUUUCCCGGUGGCCAUCAGGGGCAAGGCGAUGUCGGUCGUGAUCUUUGUUAACCGCAUGAUGAGCGGGGUGAUCGCUCUGUCGUACCAGAGCAUGUCAGAGGCCAUGACGCCGGAGGGAUCCUUCUACUUCUUCGCGGCGCUGUCUGCCAUCUCCGUCGCCUUCUACUAUUUCUGGGUGCCCGAAACACGUGGGAGGACUCUGGAAGAAAUCACCGCCGACCUGGGGUCAUCACUGCCCCCCACCGUACCUGGGCCUAGAGCUGGCCCAGCGAACGGAGGGCCUCGACACGUGCCAUUGGCUCGAGACGACGAAGAGGAAGUCUACUGAGGCCACGUUGGCGAGGACUGAGAAGGCCCUUUUGUGAGACGCGGCGGUGUUUCCAGAACAACCACGGAGGCGUUCUGCUGGGGGCGGAACGAGCAGAAGCGUCCGCCAUAUGCGGUGCUGGGAGGAGACAGCGAGCAGGCCAAACCUUUGCUACAUUUUUGUGUUGUCUUACCUGCGUGGCCACUGUUGUUUUCGCGGAAAAAGGCAGCAUCCUACCCGUCUUGUACACACUUGAUUUCUUGGUUUUCUUUUCUUGUUUCUACCGACGUGGGUGCGUUUCGUGCAGGCGUUCCUGCGAAUUUUGUCCUGUGGGUCGUGUUGUCUGCAGUCAACGAUCGGGCGCACAGCUGUGGUUUUGUUUUUGCUUUACCAUGUGUUGUUGGCGGUGUAGUCUAAGAUACUUGUGCCGCGCAGACCUCUUUCGACUGCGCGAUGGCUGGUGCGAGAGCGCUAGAAUUAGCGAGAUGGACCGAGGUGGCAUGCAUGCCUAUCAGCAAGUCGGUUGGUGUCACAACUUAUUGAGGUUCACGCAUACCUUGCUAGGAUAAAAUAGCCGACCGAGAGGACACGUGUCAUUGAGGUCUUCUGUAGAGUAUAUUAGGGGAUGGCGUUGAAUUGACUCGUUAGUCCG